CUGCGUUACUAUCCCUCGCGCGCGCAAAGCACUAACGCUGGGGGGUCUCGCGCGCCUCUUUCCUAUUCCUCCUGGCAGCCAAUAACAGGGCGGUUUCGUUCUCCUUUCUGCCAAUCGGGGCGCGGCUUGUUGCUGGCUGAAAGAAGCCCUCCGUACGUGCGCCUGCCCGUUAGGGAGCUGGGUUCCUGGCGCGGGGCAGGCGAGUCCUCCUCCUCCGCUCUCUCCUCCCUCUCUUUUCCCCUCCGCCCCUUUUCCCUCUCCCCGCGCUUUGUUGGUGCUUCUCCCGGGAGGGUGGUGGUGGUGGCCGGCGGCGAUGCCCGAGUUCCUGGCGGAUCCGUCGGUGCUGACCAAGGAGAAGCUGAAGAGCGAGCUGAUCGCGAACAAUGUGAGCCUGCCGGGCGGCGAGCAGCGCAAGGACGUGUAUGUGCAGCUCUACCUGCAGCACCUCACCGCCCGUAACCCGCCCGCCGCCGCCGCGCAGCCCGACUUCUCCAGCGACGAGGAGCGGGAGCCUACGCCUCUCGGUGCCAGGAACCGGGGCGCUGCCGCCGGACGGAAGGCCACAAAGAAAACUGACAAACCCAGGCCAGAGGAGAAGGAUGACCUAGACAUAACAGAGAUGAGUAAUGAAGAUCUUCAAGAGCAACUUAUGAAGUAUGGACUAAAUCCUGGCCCAAUUGUAGCUACUACUAGGAAACUUUAUGAGAAAAAACUGUUGAAACUGAUGGAGCAAGGCCCAGAACCAAAGGCACCUGUGCCUCUCCCAGCGAUAUCUUCAGCUACAGAGAACACCAGGCAGAAUGGAAGUAAUGAGUCUGACCAGUACAGUGACAGUGAAGAAGAUCCUAAGACUGAACUGAGGCUUGAGAAGAGAGAACCAUUGAAAGGCAGGACAAAGACUCCAGUACCACUCAGACAAAGAAGAGUUGUUGAACACAACCAGACCUAUUCUCAAGAUGGAGUUACUGAGACUGACUGGACAAGUGGAUCUUCAAAAAGUGGACCUCUGCAGGCAUUUUCUAGGGAGUCUACAAGAGUGUCAAGAAGAGCAUCAAGAAAAAGGGUGGAAGCUACAGCACAGUUGCCUGUAGAUGAUGCUGUAAUAUCAGAGAGUACUCCCAUAGCUGAAACUAUAUUGACUGCAAGCAACGAGACCCUAGUUGGCAAUAGGGUGACUGGAAAUUACAAGCAUGCAGCUCCUACGCUGUCAAUCAGUGAAAUCUCAGACAUGCCCAGAAGAACACCAAAGAAACCAUUGAUGACAGCUGAACAAGAAGAGACAGAUUGCCUGCAUCAGUACUUUUUUAAUCAUGUUGGCCACAACCGAUCCUUUGAUCUGCUCAACACAGCCAUGAUAGAGGAAACUGAGGAGAGGACUGAAUGCUUUAAGACACCAAAAGUGACCAGACAGCUGCCACUAACAAAGGUGCUGGAGAGAACUCAUACAGAAGAACGAAGAGUAGAAAGGGACAUUCUCAAGGAAAUGUUCCCUUAUGAAGUAUCAACACCUACAGGAAUUAGUGCUAGCUGCCGCAAACCCAUCAAAGGAGCUGCUAGCCGGCCUAUAGAGCACAGUGACUUCAGAAUGGAGGAAUGUUUCUCUAAGUAUGCUCCAAAAUACGGUACCUCAGCUGACAUCAAGUUGGAGAAACCACCAACAAACAAACGCUCCAUUCCCCUGUGGAUAAAAGUUCUUCUCUUUGUUGUCAUUUCGGUCUUCUUGUUUUCAGUUUAUCAGUCAAUGGAAACUAAUCAAGGAAAUCCUUUCUCUAAGUAUCUGAGUAUUAUCCAUCAGGGUGGUGCCAACUGAGUAUCUUUCUGAAAGGCACACCUAAUUUGAUCUCCUAUUUUUAAUUGUAGAGAACUCUUCUGCCCUCUCAUCGGCUCAAGGACUUCUUAUAAAUAAUGUGAUUGAAACACGAUAAAUUGGACAAAGGAAGAAAGAUAAUAUUAAAUGGACAUCGGUCACUUUCUGGAUUUGGACUAGUAGGAGAUCACUGCCAUAGGAGUAACAUUUUUUUAAAUCUGAACUUUUUGUAGGCUUUAUUUUUUUAAUGUGGACAUCCUUUAAAUUCAUUUUUGAGAAAAUGUAUAUUUGUUUUUGCAAGAACUUGGAAGCUGAGAAGGGCAAAAAUGUAGUAAAAUGUGAAGCUGUGUUUUUAAAGCUUUUCCUUUGUACAGAAAAGAGGUUGUACUUCUGUCUCUAUAGAUUAUUGUGGAGGAGGAUUUUAACACAGGUGAUAAAGGGAAAUGCAUUUUUGUAUGCAUUUUUUCAGUAACCAUGUAACUGAAUUUGAUCUCCUUUAGGAUGUAGGGAGAGUAUGACAACCUUUUCUGUAGAUUACUGUAACUUUUUAGUAAAUGUAACUGUAAACCUGUUUGCAUUUCUGUAAAAGUCUUAGUAUCAUAUUAGUAACUCCGUUUAAGUGUAACUUCAUUUAAAUGUAUCCCUUUGUUUUAGUGCUUACAGUGUUGUAGGAGCUGAAUACAAACCUAAUUGGCAAGAGAUGUCUUAGAGGAACUUAUUUAUUAGGAAUACGCGUGGAAAAUAAAAUUUGCAUCAAUAUAAUUUACUACGAAAAUA